UUCCACGAGCUUUCCCUUUCCCUUAGCUAGAGGGCUCUUGACUGGGGUGGGAAUAGGCUUUGUUUUCACGACCUUUCGAGGUUUGGGGCCCCUGUGGUAGUCGGGUGGGAGCUGCUGUUUGUCCUCGCCUCCCCUGAGCUAAAUUUUCGGCAUUUCACCUCUCCCUAAGGCCCCGAGGAGUCUCCCUUCCCACCCCCAAUUUAGGAAUGGUGGGCCCCACCCCAUACUGGACAAGAUUCAGGCCCUGGCCCUGCCCCAACCUCUACUCCCAGACCCACUUCAGUUCGUUGUUAAAGCUCAGCCCCGAUCCAUUCGUUAGGCCAUCCCUACAGGCCCCGCCUCGUUAUUUAGGCCCCGCCCACUCCACUUUUUUCAGGGGAGCCGUUGGGAGGGAGGUCCGUAUUUUGUGGCACGUGCACACAAGAAGUAAGUGAGCCUGACCUCGAGGCCACGCGAGCCUGAGGACUCUGGAGCCUGCGCAGGCGCAGUGCAUGCCGGGAGUCCAUGGUGGCGGGAACCUCGAGGCAGUGUCUCGCGCUUCCAGAACGUCCCUGAGCGCUGGCCUGGGCUUGCUGGAACCCGCGUCUGGUGUUUCCCAGAGUCCUGAGGCUGAGAAGUGGGUCAGACUCAGGUUCUGAGAACAACCCUGGUAGUUCAGAGAGCUUCGGAAUUCUAGAAAGAUUCUUUGGAGCAGGACGUAGACAGGCUGCAGUCAAGGGAAAUAGGGGCCUGUGGGGGCUCAGAGGAAGGCGGGCCAUGAUUUCACAGAGGAGAUGAACGGGGAGCUGGCUCUUUAAGGACGAGUAGGAGUUCAGCAGACUGACAGAGAAGGGCCAUUUCAGGGAGAGCCCGUUCCUCGAGGAGGCCUUAGGGAACGUUCCUGAAUGGGAUGUGAAGAGACAGAGUCAAAGGUUCUCUACUGAACCGGGUUGGUGGCCUGAAUGUAUUAGCUUCGCUGCUUCUGCCCAAGAGAAAUAAGAAUGUCUAAGCCCCUGGAGGCCGAGAAGCAAGGUCUGGACUCCCCGUCAGAGCACACAGACACUGAAAGAAAUGGACCAGACACUAACCAUCAGAACCCCCAGAAUAAGACCUCCCCGUUCUCCGUGUCCCCGACUGGCCCCAGCACCAAGGUGGGCAUUCUCUCUGGCCUCCACUUAACAUUCUGGGGUCCCGGACCCUGCCUCUCUCCCCCCCAGAUCAAGGCUGAAGACCCCAGCGGCGACUCAGCCCCAGCAGCACCCCCGCCUCCGCAGCCGGCUCAGCCACACUUGCCCCAGGCCCAACUCAUGUUGACUGGCAGCCAGCUAGCCGGAGACAUCCAGCAGCUCCUUCAGCUCCAGCAGCUGGUGCUUGUGCCAGGUCACCACCUCCAGCCACCUGCUCAGUUCCUGCUGCCGCAGGCCCAGCAGAGUCAGCCAGGCCUGCUACCGACGCCAAAUCUAUUCCAGCUACCUCAGCAAACCCAGGGAGCUCUUCUGACCUCCCAGCCCCGGGCAGGGCUGCCCACACAGCCCCCCAAAUGCUUGGAGCCACCAUCCCAUCCCGAGGAGCCCAGUGAUCUGGAGGAGCUGGAGCAGUUCGCUCGCACCUUCAAGCAACGCCGCAUCAAGCUGGGUUUCACACAGGGUGACGUGGGCCUGGCCAUGGGCAAGCUCUAUGGCAACGACUUCAGCCAGACGACCAUUUCCCGCUUCGAGGCCCUCAACCUGAGCUUCAAGAACAUGUGCAAACUCAAGCCCCUCCUGGAGAAGUGGCUCAACGAUGCAGAGACUAUGUCUGUGGACUCAAGCCUGCCCAGCCCCAACCAGCUGAGCAGCCCCAGCCUAGGUUUCGACGGGCUCCCCGGCCGGAGACGCAAGAAGAGGACCAGCAUCGAGACAAACGUCCGCUUCGCCUUAGAGAAGAGUUUUCUAGCGAACCAGAAGCCUACCUCAGAGGAGAUCCUGCUGAUCGCAGAGCAGCUGCACAUGGAGAAGGAAGUAAUCCGCGUCUGGUUCUGCAACCGGCGCCAGAAGGAGAAACGCAUCAACCCCUGCAGCGCGGCCCCCAUGCUGCCCAGUCCGGGCAAGCCGGCCAGCUACAGCCCCCACCUGGUCACACCACAAGGGGGCGCUGGGACCCUGCCAUUGUCCCAAGCUUCCAGCAGUCUGAGCACAACAGUUACUACCUUAUCCUCAGCUGUGGGGACACUCCACCCCAGCCGGACAGGUGGAGGGGGUGGGGCUGGGGGCGGGGCCUCGCCCCCCAUCAAUUCCAUCCCCUCUGUCACCCCCCCACCCCCGGCCACCACCAACAGCACAAAUCCCAGCCCUCAAGGCAGCCACUCGGCUAUCGGCUUGUCGGGCCUGAGCCCCAGCACGGGAAGCACAAUGGUGGGGUUGAGCUCCGGGCUGAGUCCAGCCCUCAUGAGCAACAACCCUUUGGCCACUAUCCAAGCCCUGGCCUCUGGUGGAACCCUGCCCCUUACCAGCCUUGACAGCAGCGGGAACCUGGUGCUGGGGGCCGCUGGCGCAGCCCCAGGGAGCCCAGGCCUGGUGACCUCACCACUCUUCUUGAACCACGCUGGGCUGCCCCUGCUCAGCGCCCCGCCUGGCGUGGGUCUGGUUUCGGCAGCCGCUGCGGCCGUGGCGGCCUCCAUCUCCAGCAAGUCUCCUGGCCUCUCCUCGUCCUCCUCCUCGUCCUCCUCCUCGUCCUCCUCCACCUGCAGUGAGACGGCAGCACAGACCCCUGGAGGCCCAGGGGGACCCGAGGGAAAGAAGAUGAGGACUCUUCAACGAAUAAGAAGGAGCCGCAAGGUGGAGCCAGGCCCCUGCACCAGUGGUCCAGGCCUUUGGUCCCCAAGGCGGAUGGAAGGAUGGAUGCUUCUUUCUCUUCACAAAUACCUCAUGGACGUCGUCUUCGGGAAAGCUGGAGGGGGGCGGCUGGGGCCAGGCCUGCCCCUCAGCCAGGGCGGAUGGAAGCGGGUGGGCAGGGCUGAGAGAGGGUGUCAGGGACGGGGGUGAAGAGCCCCAAGCUCCCUGCCUCCCCCCCCCCAAUCAACUGAAAAAGCUUUAAAAAAACAAAACAGGAAAAAAGAAAUGAGAAAGCAAAAAAGAAUGGACGAAGGAAAACUAACAAACUUUCGGGUGGUUUGAUUCCUCCUUUUGAGUUCUUCUGUCUUCUUCAGUCUGUCCUCUCUCCCAUCUCCUCCUUUCUCUCAUCUGUCCCUCCCUCUUCUUCCCCUCCUCUCUCACCUCUCUCCAUCUCCUGUUUCUGUGUCUCUCCUCAAACCAAAGUGUUGCUGUGAAGGACGCGAGCCAUUGAAAUCAGAGUGGCCCCCGCCCCUGGCUGGGCAGGCGCAGAGGGAGGAGAGAGCCCCAGGAGUCUGGCGGGGCUGCCCAACACUCCCAGGAGAGGCAGACGGAGCCUCGGAUGCCACCCUGGGCCCCGAGGCCUCAGCGUUCUCACUUUCUUUCUUGUCUCCCUUCUCCCACCUGGGAAAUGAAACUUUCCGGCUGGGCCACGGAGGCAGCAGAGACUCAGCUGUUUCAGGGGUCUCGGGGUGCCUUGUCUGGGAAGUGGUGGAGUGGUUGCUCCUCCCACCCUGGCACCGAUGGGACCUGGCAAGCCGUCAACCCAUCCUCGCCAGAAUGUAAGCAUCUCCGCUGAACCUACUCCCCGCCCUUACCCUACCUCUGAGUUUGUCCGUUUUUAUUUCCUGAAGAGAAGGGACUGGCUAGCGGGCCUGGGCCCUAGCCCAAGGGUGGAGACGGGGCCACGGGCUCAUGAACGGAUAGGAAGGACGUUUGAGCAGAGCCAAGUGAAAGGAAUUGCAACCAAAAACCCCUCCGAGAAGACAGGCAGCAUGGAAGGCAUGGUGGAGAUGACUCAAAAAACUAUGAUUCUAGACCAAAAAAUAGAAAAAAAAGAAAAAGAAAAAAAAAAAAAGAAAGAAAAAAAAAAGGAAAAAAAAAAAGGAAAGAAAAUCCAGGACUCACCACCACCCACUUCAUCCUGCUUCCUCCCCAUCAAGUCCUGCGACCCGGACUGCUGCUCCUCCUCCACCCCAGUACCCAGUAGGAAGCAGGCAGAGAGGAGAGGAGGAAGCAGGGGGCAGGGAUGGGCCUAUGCCCUGACAUUGGUGGAGGGACCCCCGUGCAGCCAGGGUGGUGGGGACCCUCCCCAUCCAACCCCCAUUAUCUGGGAAAAGAAAAAACAAAGAGAAAAAGAAAAUUCCUGGGAGGGGGAAAAAAUAACCAAAUCCCAAGCUUUAACUACAGCUGUGAAACCAAAUAUUGGGAAGGGGGUGGGAGGGAGGGAGGGGCAAGUGUGCCCCAGGUCUCCCCCCUGGGCCCCCCUCCCCCGAGGACUCGAGAUAAGGCACCAAAUACCUCAUAGAACUUUAAUGUUAAAAAAUGGAAACCAAAUAUCGUUGGCUGGGGGCCAGCCAGGGCAAGGGGCUGGGGGGCUGAGGGAGCCAGGGUUAGGAAGGUGAUGGGGGAAUUCAUGCCCCCCACCUCCCUCUGCCCCUUCCACUCCAGCCUCCCCCGUCUCGACUCCGGGAAACAAAACUAUCUCAUCGUUUUUAUUUUGUGGUCUGUACAGAGCCUGUGUCCGUGUGUCUGUGUGCGAGCGAGAGAGUUGGGGGGCUGGGGAACUUUAUGUGGGGUUGGGGAAGGAGACCCCAGGCCAGGUUCUGGGCUAGGGGAGAUGUCUGAGGUGGGGGGCCAGGGGCCUGGGCUAGGAAAAAGGAUGAGUGGACUGGAGAAAGUGGGAGCCCUCAAUUUCUCCUCCCCAACCCUGAGCUCCUUACUCAAGGGAGGGACAGAGACUGGGUCUACCUAACGGUGGACCUUUUAAUUGUGCCAAAAAAAAAAAAAAAUGCCAGUAACUAGAACACCUCUCUCUGGUCUCUUCUGGGAGGGUGGGGGCUGGAAGUGGGAGGAAGGACUACAGGAGGGUAAGUGGGGUCAGUGGCGAUGAAGAACCCAAGGCUCUGUAUGAACUGGGGCUACGACCAGGAGGAGGGGUAAGGCUCUGAGUUUCCCGCAUGUCUCCUCCCUGGGGAAGGCCAAGAGAGGGUCUCCAAGCCCUGCACCCUGGGAAGAUGGGGUAUGGGACUAGCCAUGUGGUGAGGGCACCUCUUGAACUGGCUAGAUCUCCUCCCCUACCCAAAUCCCAGGGUGCCUCUCUCCCUUUAGCCCAGGGUAGGGAGAGCUGAGUGAGAGAGAGAGUGAGACAGACUGAGUAAGACUGAGACACGCGGGCCCCCACUGGCCUCCGAGUGGGAAAGGCAAGUGCGAGAGAUAAAGGCCUCCAAGAGAAAAAAGAAACAAACCAAAGAUUUAACCAUUAAAAAAAAAAAAAA